UGUCAACUGAGCAACAUCGACUUUGAAGUUAGUUAGUUAAUUUAAUUUAAUUCAUUCGGAUUCACUCACGCUGUGUGGAAAGAAGGUGAUUCAUCUUUCCUUUAGUCUACGUAUUCGCAAUACACUUCACAUUCCGUCUGGCUAGAGGACACGAAGACUGGAAUUUAUUGAAUUCAACCUGCUGAUUAUUAUUGAUUGGUUGGUUAAUUAGUUGAUUAGUGGGUUUGGUAUUAAGGAAUCACAGCCACUACUCGCUCAGAUAAAUACUGAAGGAGAUAAAGGAAAGAUGGACGACUAUGAAAGUGUUCUUUUGAUUUUGCCUGAAGUUUUCAUGUACAAAAUUCCUCCACGUGCAACCAACAGAAGCUACAGAGCUAAUGAAUGGAAUUUGGACAACCCGGAUUGGAGUGGGAGGUUGCGGCUAGCUUCAGUUGGAAAUAAAUGUGUUAUUAAGUUGGAGGACAAAAAUUCGGGAGAAUUAUUUGCAAAGGCCCCAAUUGACGAAUAUCCUGGCCCAGCAAUUGAAGCAGUGUCAGAUUCUUCUCGAUAUUUCGUACUUAGAAUUAUUGAUGAUAGCGCUGGACGUACUGCAUUUAUUGGGGUGGGGUUUGCUGAUAGAUCUAAUGCAUUUGACCUUAACGUCACACUGCAAGAUCAUUUUAAACGACUUAAAGUUGAGCAAGAUAUUGAGAAGGAGAAAGAUGCGCCAAAACCGGCCUUGGACCUCGGUUUCAAGGAGGGCGAAAAAAUUUCAAUUCCAACCAAAUGUUUCAAAAAACGGGAUCAGAAGGAUGGUAAUGACGGACCAUCUAAGCCCAAAACUAAAAUUGGUGGUGGGGGGAUGGGAAUAUUAUUACCUCCCCCUCCAGCGGCUGGACCGAAGGUAUCUCCAUCAGCUUCGCUCAACAUCUCACGAGAAGCUACCCCAACCAGUUCACCUUCGCAUCAACCAAACCCAGCAUCCUCAGGAGCAUCUGGGGGUGAGGCAGCCUCAAAUAGUAGUUGGGUACAGUUCUAACUAAAGAAGGUCACUAUUCUAUCAUCAUACCAUACUCUCUCUCUCAGCAGCAUAAAUCAACAAUAUAUAUCCACAACACUAUGUAAAUAUAUAUACAUUUAGCAGGUCAUUUAUACAAUGUAAUACAGUUGACGAGAGAUAGAUUCGAUGUCGUCACAAUCUACUCUCAAUCUGAUGAAGAUUUUUUAGACUCGUAGUUAUACUACGUAUAAACGAUAAGAAAGAAAAACAAUAUCAUACAUACUAUACCUAUUAAACAUGGUGUACACUUCCAUUCAUAAAGUAUUGGGUUUAAACUGCUAGUGCAUGAAUUAAAAAAAAUAUAUUCGGAACCAGCAAUUAGAAAAAAUGUAUGAAAAUGAUAUGCCUUCCUCUUUGAAUAUAAAGAAGGUAUCAGAGUAUUAUAAAGUUAAAAAUAAAAGCCGUAUAAUAACAUAA